UUAAUUAUACUUUGUUGGUGCCACAAAGCAAGUCACAACGACUCGAUUAUCUCCCGUGCUUUGCUUCGCUGUCCACUUGUAGGAUAUAUAUGUGUGUGUGUGUGUGUGUAUCUAAAUGUAGCUACGUGAGUAUGGGAAAAUAUCCACUACGAUCGACACAUCAACAAUAGUAUUGCCGUUCACCUUGACCCAGAAACCCGAAGCACGGACAGAUAAGAUCGACCGCUUUACAUGCUUUUAAAAAGUCAUUUACUUCGGACUUGUCUAAGAUCCUGAAACCUACCUGGGAACUGAACCUACGCUGCCUGCUCGAAUUUCUAUUGACUACCUGCGGACCUUUUAUUUUGUUAAAGACUUUAACAGCUGUGUACUGUCACUAGAUGACAUUCUACUAUUUCUGGAGAUUAUAUUCUAAAAUUAUAAGUUAUUAAUUAAGUUAGUACACAUAUGCAUUGGAGCACUGGAUUAUAUUGUAGUACGAGGACUUUCGCAUACAUUGCAGACUAGGAGUUUGUGUUUCAAGUUGCAAGAUGUCAACCCAUACGACAAAACUGGAAGAAAUCAAAGCUUUGAUACAAGCUGAACAGACAAUGGCAGAUAAGCGUACCAAGGAGGAGAUCCUUGAAGAGAUACGCCAGGAGGAUGCCACUAAAGAUGUACCAAUCAAUUCAGCUGUGGCUAUAGCUGUGCUGUCAGGUGUCGCCUCAGUGGCAGGUACAGUGGCUUGUUUAUCCAUUGGGUUUCUGGAGAUAUACAGACAAGAUGUUAUUGCCUUCUGGAUGGCAUGUAUACCUUUUUGUUUUCCUUUUAUAACUGGGAUAUCUAUUGCUUACAGAAAGAAAUUAUCAUGUGUUGGUGUGCAUGUUUCCCUCCUAUUAGCGACGCUCCUGACUGGAGGCGCUGGCUAUGGAUACUCCAUUGAACCUGUGUUUAUUAAUAGGAAGAAUUGCAAGAUCGUGAGUGAGGACAGGGGUAACUGUGACAAGGAGACCCUGCUCUACCUAUACAUUACUAACGGUGGGAUCGCCCUUGGAUUCACUGUCAUUGGUCUGAUCUACUCUCUGUUGAUCUGCAGAUGUGCCACGAAACGCAGACACAAUAGAGAGGUCAAUGAGCACAUGGAACAUGAGAAACAGGCGGAGCUGCAGAAAAGGGCCAGCAGAAGAAGUCACGAGAAAGUCACCUACGUGCCUGCCUGGCCGGGGUCCUACGUCGCCCACCCUCAGGCCACAGCGGCGACUAAAACCGAAGCCAGCAACGGUGACUUAAACGCUGCCAAAAGGUUGUCUUCAGAUCAGCCGCAAGUCGAUCACAAAGUGGACAGCGGUCAACCUAUCCCCAAUAAAGAGCAGCCUUCAAACAAGGAUAAUCAAACAAGUGAGCCUAAAACCGGAGACGCCACAACCCACUUGUAACUUUUAACUUGAGCUAAAAGUGUCCCUUAAAGUGGAAAUGAAAUCACAACAUAACUUUGCUUUUAUAGAAGGAAAACGAUCUACUAUGACGAUACAUUUUAUAGGCCAGUGAUGGAAUAAUGCCAACUUUCUUUCAUACUUAAGAAAAAAAAAAUCUAAUCAAUGUAUUGACUGUUCUAUAAAGAGGAUAAUAUGGCACUGAAAUGGCACCACUUGCUUUUAUAUAUUUUAGUACUUUUUCCAAGUGUAAAGUGCAAAUCUAGUAAAAUUGGAUAACAUGGAAUAAAUGACGAGUGUUUGUGUUUUUUUUUCUUCAAAUUACUUUUACUUAACUUUGUUUAUAUCUUCUUUAAAAAAAACAAACAAAUAAAAUGAUUAGAUCUAGGUCAGUGUUGCCAACUCAAAAAAAAAAUAAAUCCUCAUUGAUUAUAUUUAAACAAAAAAAAAAAAGGAAUUUACAGAUUCUAGAGAUGAUUUUACUAAGAACUAUUAAUUUCUUUUAGUUGGUGCUGCUUGUUACAUUUAUUGUGUUUUACCUUCAUUCAAAUUUUAUACCCAUGAAUAAAAACCUAGCUUAGUUAUUAGAGAUGUAUAUAAUGUAGAUUUAUAAAUUUGGGUGGUCACAAGGCACCGCUUAGGUUCAAACCUGGCCAGUGUGUUCUCCAGUGGUCCAGCUUUGUUAUUUCCCCUUAUAUUGUUAUUUCUCCUACCGUUGUAACUCAAAAUGAUUGUUUAAAGCCAUUCUGAUUGUUGCCAUGGAUACGCUUAUUUUGAGACAUUUCCUAUUCACACUUUUUAUAUUGAUGUGUAUUAUUUUUUAUUUGAUAUAUCAUCCAUUGCAAUGUUUCCCAAACUGUGUUCUUGUGUUUCAUAGGUGUUCUACAUACUUAUGGAGUAAUUAGCUUGACUUACACAUGAAUAAAUUGCUUAGUUAAUGAAAAUAUGGUUUGAUUAGUUUUUGUUUUUUUUCUUUUAAACACAUGGGAAAUGAUCCAUCCAGAAAAACAAAUAAAUUCUCUGAAUGUGCGAAGUGUUGUGUUAAAGAAAACCUUUGGGAAACACUGAUCAUUAUAUUGUUUUAUUAUUUUAUUAUAUUAUUUUAACGGGUUCUAUUAUGUUUUUCAGCUUAUUAUAAUUAACAAUAAAUUAUUUUCAUAGAAAAAAAUGGAUGUAUUUAAGUUAAGCAAUAAGGCUCAUUGCAUUUUACAAAUGUAUUUCUUUUAUUUUUUAUUUUACAAAUGAAUUUCUUUUUUUCUUAAAUAUAUAUUUGUUUAAAUUGGAAUUUUAAAAGGUUAAUUACACUUACUGGAGAAUCAGGGUUGAUUGAUAUGUGAUUAUACCUGUACGUUUGUGAGUACACUUGAGUGUGAGUACACUCAGGGCCGGUCUUAGGCCACUGCAACCUAUGCAUUCGCAGUGGGCCCCGCGCUUUCAAAGGCCCCGCGCUAAUUCUAUGUGUAAUUAUUAAAUUGCAAAAUAUAUACGAAAAAUUCCUUGAAAUGUCCUGCAUUUAUUAAAAUCUCCUGAAAACUCAUAAAAAUCUCCUGAAAAUGGACAAAAUUGUCAUUUGUGGGUGUCAUUUAUUACGGAAAACGCCAAUCCUACGUGCGAUAAAAAAAGGGAAUCAUCAGUUUUCAUGUAAUAUAAUGUAAUAAUCGGACGAGUUUUCACCUAAACCGAAAGUUUCAAUGCCUUUUUUACUUUUAUAGUCACUGGCAUAUAAAUAUAAUAAAUAUGCCAUAGGUUGUAAGGUUCGUAGAGUAAAGUUAAUUUGAUCGCAAUUUUGUACUUAGUAAAGAAUGAAUAAAAUGCAAAGUCGAAUUUUUUUCUAAUACAAAAUUAACUUUCACUUAUUAUCCUUAUUCCCACCCAGACUAGGCCCCGCGCAAUCAGUUUCCCAUAGGGCCCCGCAAUUGUUAGGACCGGUCCUGAGUACACUUGUGUGUUUGAGUACACAAAUAAUUGUGCAAGAAUGCAUGAGAGAUUGUGAGCAUGCAUGUGUAUUUUGAGUACACAUUUGUGUAUAGGCUUACACCUCUAAGUGUCUGACUACACAUGUUUGUGAGUAUAUUUUGAAGUGAUUGAGUUCUAUUGUAGUUUUGUUAGUAUACCUUCAAGAGUGUUAGUGCACAUGAGCAAACUUGUGAGAACACAAUUGGACGUUAAGAUCACUGAUACUUGGGUCAAAGUUAAAUCCUCAUUAAAAUACCUGUUUGUACAAGU